UCGGAUUCCCAAUUCUAGGCUUGAAGGAAGCGGCCUCCUCUCCUUCAGGGCCGAUGGUGAGCACUCCCUCUUCCUCCUCCUCCUCCUCUUACACUUCUAGCGGCUCCAUCGACGACACCUCCAGACCCUCCUCCGCCGUCUCCCAGCCCAUCAAGUUCCUCUGCAGCUAUGGCGGCAAGAUCCUCCCACGAUACCCCGACGGCAAGCUCCGUUACAUCGGCGGCGACACUCGCGUGCUCUCUGUCCAACGAUCGCUCCCCUUCUCAGAACUGCAGGAGAAGUUGAGAGAGAUGUGUGGAUCGGGCGGCGCGAUGGGCGUUCGAUGCCAGCUCCCGACGUUGGAUCUGGACGCUCUCGUCUCCGUCAAGUCCGACGAGGAUCUGGCCAACGUGGUGGCGGAGUACGAUGGCGCGGGCCGCGACAAGGUCCGGGUCUUCUUGUUCCCAGCCGCUGCGGCCAAGCCUAGCAGCAAGAGUAGUAGCGGCCAGGGCGUGAGCCCUACCCGUCCGAUCGCGACCGCCCAGCCCUUCGCACGCCAGACCUCGGCCCCUGCGAGGCUCACUGGCCGGGUUGAGAAGGCCGGCGCCGCCCUGGAUGUUCGCUACCACGGCCACCACCACCUGCAUGGCCAUCCUGUGGCCACCAGGUCGUCCAACCACCUGGUGCACCACGGGAACCACUGGCCGUGAUUCUACCCUCAUCGACACCACUGCCAUGGCUGGUGUUGGUUGUAAAAGAAGUUGAGGUAAAGAAAUGGACCGAACAAACAGAUUUGCUUGUAGCUCGAGGGUCAAUCAUCUAUGUAGUAAUCUCGUAUGCCUUCAAUACAAUACAAUUCUAAAAGAAAACACACAAAAAUCCCACUAGAAACCAAACUUCUUCGAUCAAUUAACUUCGUCUGUUGCCUAUCGUAUCCAAUUAACCUCGAUUAAUCUCGUAUGCCCUCUUGUGAGCUUGAUCUGUUCUUUCUUCUUUUUUUUGUUCGGUUCGUUUUGUGUGUUAGGGUUCCGUCUACGUGUCUGUCGCUUUCCGUUAAUUCUGUUUUCUUUAAUAAUUUGAGACGUUACCUCCGUUUAUUGACUUCGUCGUUACUAGGAUUGCAAAUUUUCUUUUGAAAGAUGAAAGCAAGCAAUUGCCUUUUUGAAUUUAUUUAUGAUAAUUAAGUUGCCUUGAUUAAUUGAAGACUGAUACUCUCUUUGAUUUGCUUUCGCAGGUUUGCAUCAUCUGAUUGGGAAGGGAAUCUUCGUUCGUUCUGGGAUUUUGACGCCGGAUUCGAACAUCAUACAAUAUAGAGAGGAAAAUUUUGACGUCCGACUCAAAUUUU